AUGGCGAAGAAAGCGCUCGCAAAAGAACAAAUCGUGAAGCUGAUCGUCGGCGCGGGCCAGGCCUCACCCUCACCGCCCGUCGGUCCAGCGCUGGGAAGUAAAGGUGUCAAGAGCAUGGAUUUCUGCAAGGAAUUCAACGCCCGCACCGCCCACUACAACCCAGGAACCCCCAUCCCCGCCCGCAUAACCGUCCGCCCCGACCGCUCCUUCUUCUUCUCGAUCCGCACCCCGCCCACGGCAACCCUCCUCCUCUCCGCCGCGGGCGUCGCGCCCACGAAGUCCAAAGUCCGCGGCGCGGGCAACGUUCCUGGCCCGACGAAGAACCAGGACGGACAGAAGGGGAAGACGAGUGCGAGUUCGCCGACGAACGGGAACGCUACGCUCGGGACGGUCGGGACGGUCAGCUUGAAGCAUGUUUAUGAGAUUGCGAGGAUUAAGAAGAGUGAGGGGAGACUGGCGGGGCUGGAGUUGGAGGGGAUUGCGAAGAGUGUUGUUGCGCAGGCGGCGAGUUUGGGGGUUGUGGUUGUGCCGUGA